AAGGGGGCUCUUCCGGUUGCAUUGAGAACAGUUACUGAGAAUUAGGAUGGGGAGGUGAUGAUGCAUUUGAAUGCGAGCAUCCCAGAUUCCCAUGGAGGCAAAUAGAGGAUAGGCCUGCUGGCACUGAGUAGGACUGCUUGCAGCUCUGCUGCCCAUCAAGAGAUUAGCCUUUGCAAUCCAGCUGAAGCUAAUUCAGUACUCUCUGAUAAAGUACACUGUGAAUUUCCCAGAAACCUACUUGAUUUAAAAGAUCAGAAGUUGUUUGCUUUUCUUAGAAAAUUUGGGAUUUCAUGCAGGUGUUUACAAAGCAGGAUUGGGAGGAAACGCUUUAUAAUCCUUGGCCUGUGGCAGAUGUGGAUAAUGGCCAAAUAACUGACAUAUUUUUCCCCCAAAAAGAAAAUUGAAUCUCCUCAUUCUCUGCUGACUUAGUAAAAUGUCUUAGCGGAACACUUUCAAUAAUGAUUGCUGAAGAAACCAUUUCAUUUGCUAAUUAGACGUUCCUGGAAACAUGGAAUUCAAUGUCUAAAAAAACUUAAAGCAGCCCAUUUUAUUUGAUAACACUUGGGGUUUGUUGUGUUUGUAUUUUUGAGGCCACCAUGUGAUUACUAAAGGCAUUGAAAUUUUAAUGUGGCUCUCCCAUAACUCAGUGAUAUUUUCCUAUCAUUAUUAGCAAAAGAACCUAAUAAAGGAAGUAAGGAAACUGGGAAAGGAAUGCAGAGAAAGGUAAAAGUGAGGAUGAGGGAUAAAACUUUUCUCUUAACAGUAGGUUCUCUCCUUUGGCCGCACAUUUAGGAUCUCCCAGGGAGCUUUUAAAAGUACCAGUGUUUGAGAACUCCUGGGUAAUUCCAACAGGCCACACAAGGGCAGAAGCCCUGAAGUCUCUUCAAGCAUCUGUAAUAAUUUUCAGCGUUAAGCUCUUACUUCUGACUUUCUCUAGUUGUUUCAGUGGUUUCGCCUCCCACACCUAACACAGAUGCAGUAAUUUAUUAUUUUAUACUGGCUAUCAGUACUUACUGUAAAUGGCCUCACCAUAGACCAGCCGAGAACCAGAGAGCUGAAGCGGUCUGCUUUCUGUGCAUGGACAAACUUGUCGAAAGUCUGUCUCUAUUAGUGUGUUGGUGGCACCUAAGUAGCUGUUUUGUUAGCAGCUAACAAAAUCGAGUAAGAAGCAUAACAAGAGCACACUGGUCCAGAAAUUGCAAGAGUGUGUUUGUAGACCAGCUGCAUCAGAAUUGCCCAGGGCAGUGGUUCUCAGACCUUUGCGAGACUCAACACCUGGAUGACUUCUGGGAACAAGGUUGCUGGGCUCAGUUCCAAAGUCAGACCUAAUGAUGUAGUAAAUUGAGGUGGGGUGGGACAGUUUUAAUUUCUUGCAGAUUCCUAGCUGAUGCAGUUAGUUUGUGGGCAACUUUGAGAACUACUGGCCUUUGUGCUUGCUAGAAUCCUGGCUGCCACUGGGGAUUAAAACAAUCUGAAACAAACAAGUUCUCUAGGCGCAAUUCAAUGCUGAUUGUCAACCUCCUGGCCGUUGCUGGCGGCUGCCUUAUGGGGUUCUGCAAAAUUGCCAAGUCGGUUGAAAUGCUGAUCCUGGGCCGGUUAGUUAUUGGCCUCUUCUGUGGACUCUGCACAGGUUUUGUGCCCAUGUACAUUGGUGAGGUCUCUCCGACUGCCCUUCGGGGGGCUUUCGGUACACUCAACCAGCUGGGCAUCGUCAUCGGAAUCCUGGUGGCUCAGAUCUUUGGUCUGAAAGUCAUCAUGGGGACGGAAGAACUUUGGCCCCUGCUUUUGGGCUUCACCAUCAUUCCAGCUGUCCUGCAAAGUGCAGCCCUUCCGUUUUGCCCCGAGAGUCCUAGAUUUCUGCUCAUCAACAGAAGGGAAGAGGAGAGUGCUAAGGAGAUCCUCCAACGAUUGUGGGGCACCCAGGACGUGAGUCAGGACAUCCAGGAGAUGAAAGAUGAGAGCGCGAGGAUGGCACAAGAGAAGCAACCCACGGUGUUGGAGCUUUUCCGAUCGCGCAGCUACCAGCAGCCCAUCAUGAUUUCCAUCAUGCUCCAGCUGUCCCAGCAGCUAUCUGGAAUCAAUGCUGUCUUCUAUUAUUCAACAGGAAUCUUUGAGGACGCAGGUGUUAAGGAGCCCAUCUAUGCCACCAUUGGCGCGGGUGUAGUUAAUACCAUCUUCACCGUUGUCUCUCUGUUUCUGGUGGAAAGGGCAGGGAGGAGGACUCUGCAUAUGAUCGGCCUCGGAGGGAUGGCUGUUUGUUCCAUCUUUAUGACCAUCUCCUUGUUGUUGAAGGAUGACUAUAAUUGGAUGAGCUUUGUUUGUAUCGGGGCUAUCUUGGUCUUUGUGGCCUUCUUUGAAAUUGGCCCGGGCCCCAUUCCCUGGUUUAUCGUGGCCGAACUCUUCAGCCAAGGACCCCGCCCAGCUGCAAUGGCAGUGGCUGGUUGUUCCAACUGGACCUCCAACUUUCUCGUUGGGCUACUCUUCCCUUCAGCUGCAUUCUAUCUAGGAGCCUAUGUUUUUAUCAUCUUCACUGGCUUCCUCAUUAUCUUCUUGGUCUUCACCUUCUUCAAAGUCCCUGAGACCCGUGGCAGGACUUUUGAGGAAAUCACACGAGCCUUCGAAGGGCAGGCACGGGAGGCUAACAGAGCUGAGAAGGGCCCCAUCGUGGAGAUGAACAGCAUCCAGCCCGUGAAGGAGACUGCCACCGUCUAAGCCAUGCCUCCUUCCCGCCUCCCUCCCAACACGGAAAAGCCACCUCUCCCCCAGAUGAGGGAGAGACCGCAUCAGGUUGUAACCCAGGACUGUUUCUGAAUGCUGCUACUUGAUUCCUUUCUCUUCCCACACACUCCAUGAGCACUCAGAGGAACCCAGUGCUGGAGCUAGUAUCUUCAGUGGCUUUUGAAACAUUUCAUUUCUUGGACAUUCUCUUCUGUUGAGGAGAGACCAAGUGAACCUACCUUCAUUUCAGGAGGAACUGGCCGCUUGCCAUAUGACAACAUUGCCAGCUCUUCCUCCCUUGGGUUCUAAUAGGGCCUCGCGAGGGCCAGUAGGGGAGUAAGAGUGAGGUGCAGUUUCCCUGACCCCAGACUUUCAGGAAGCAGAUGUACAUGAGUGUGGAGGGCAGAAAGGGAUUAAAUAAGAGCACCUUCCUUGCUUCCAUACAGCUCUGCAGAGCAAAUUAACUUGAGUUUAUUUAUUUAAUCUUCUGGUUUUAUUGCAUAAAUAUUUAUUUUUUUAAGUGUAAAAUAAUUUUACCAAAUAAUGAAAACAUAAGGAAAUAGAGGAUAGAGGGAGGCGCUUGAGGAGAGGUUAUAGGGUAGAAGAUGUGAUGCUGGCGAGAGAGGUCGAGAUGCAAUAAGGGCAGAUUCAGGGAGAAGCAUAACGUGUUCUCAGAGGGUACGUGAUGUGGUGUGUGAAGUCUGCACGUUGCCUCUUAACCUUCAGGUGGAAAGUUUAAUUUCUCAGAAAAGUCAUGUGCCUGUAUUAAGAAGCUAGUGGUUACCUUUUGAACUUCUUUCUUUGUUUAAAAUUAUAUGUAGUAAUUACUUGAAACCUAAGGUUAUUAUUAAGAUGGGCAUUAUAGCUAAUGGUGGUGGGUGGGUUCUAACUUUUCUUGGAGUCCAGAGAAGGGAAGGUUAUUUCUAGAAAUCUUUCUCUCUUCACUGGACAAAACUACUUCCCCUUGUUGCAGACUGAUGGGGGUGGGGGGUGUUUUAAGUAUUCCUAACACCCGCCUGGUAGGAGAACCUUCCAAAUGAAAAGCCCAAAAUAGUGGAUCUUGGUGGAGGUUCUGUAUUUCUCCAUUUUGUUCUUUAGGAGAUUUUAGUUGUUGAUUUUUAACUAUAUUUAAGCCAUAGCUUUAAAAGAAUUCAGAGGAGAAUGUUCAUAAACUAACUUGGAACUUGUAACCUCAGCUCUGGGAGAGGAUUUUUCCUGAACGAUAAUUAACUAGUUGAAGUAUACUGCUUUAGGGUCGUCGCAUGCUUGUUCUGUUACCAUAUUUGCAUAGUAUGACGGCAAGUGCCCGUAGGGGACCAUACAUUUGGGGUAGUAUGAGUAAAUGUGCAGCAUAGCCCACACUUGAGAGAGUAUGAAUGUAUGUGCACUGUCACUUUGCUCUGGGUGGGAGUAGAUGACUGGUAACUUGUGUCCUCUGUUCCUACAGCCCCCCUUUGAAUAAAAGGUGUUCAAACUCAUCUCCAUAUAUAUAUAUAUAUAUAUAU